CAUUACUUCCUGUAAAAUAUGUUUGACUAAAACAGCUACAAGACAAACACCGUAACUACCGGACACUAUUUUAGAAGAGAAAGCAAAUGGAUGGCUUUAUAGCCACUCCCCAGGACCUCAUCACAAUCAAUGAAAUGGCUCUGAAAGUUUGAGCCGCUGUAACAGCCAGAAGAUCCACCAUGGACACCCUGGACAUGAGUCUAACACAGCCCUCUGCAGGGAAAUAUUUUGAUCAAAUACAGGAGAGAAGAGCAGCAAAACAUGAGUUCCUACGCGGACGCAACAAUGUGACCUCAUGUCGGAGCCCCACGAGGGAAUUUGAUACAAGAUUAUUGAAAGACGAACUACACUAUAAGAGACACCUGGAGUUUCAGAGGAGAAGACCAGUAAGCCCUGACCAAGGCUCCUUAAAGUCUAUGAAGGAACGAUACCAUCCUGCAAAGAGAAAACCGCUGGCAAAGAUAUAUUCAGCAAAACAUCCUGGUCUGAUCGGUGAAUCAGAGACAUUGAAAACAAAUAUCAAAGUAACCCCAUUGUCAGAUGGACACUCACUGGUGAUGUUCACACCAGGCAGCGGCACAGGAAGUGAUGACCCAAGCACUAGUGAAUGGGUUUCAUUGUGGUCAGAACCUAUACCAGUGGCAAGGCAAGGAAAAAAUCAUACAAAAAAGCAAGUGGCACCAUCAUCUACCUCCACACCAGUGAUCCAGGAACCCACCCAGCAGAAAGUGGAAGGCAAAAAAACAAACACCAGAACAGCGUUCCAAAAUGGAAAGAUUCCCCAAGCUGAAAAAGUCUCCCUUCCGAAAGAAAUGAUUUUGCAGAAAAAGACCCUGCAUGAAACCAGUGUACAGACAGAGCCUGGCUUUGUCACUGUAAAAGCAUUGGAUAUUCACCGGCUUGCUGACUACCUGAAGGAAGCUCUGUGGAGAGAAGAGGCAGUAAAGAAGAAGCUGGCUGUCCUUCAAGAGAAUGCUUCCACCCUCGCGAACUCCUCCAACACAAUAUGGACGGCUCACUGCAAUGAAGAUCUGCUGAGAAACCAGAUCAAGGCUCUGGAGGCACAGCUCCAAGUCUGCUUGCAGACAUUUCCUAAGGAUGGAAUGAAGAAACUGUUAGUACAGAUGGAGAAGCAGAAACUGGUAUAUGAAGAGAAGGCUCUGGCUGCCCUACAGAAAGCCACACAGGAGAAGGCUGAGGCCCUCAGUAAGGCCGACAUCCUCCAGGAAGCUCUGCAGGGGGCCAAGGUGGAAGCGUUGAGAUGGCAGGGCCUGUAUGAGGAGCUGAAACAGAAUACGGGCCAGUUGAAGGAGAGUCAAGAGCUCUGCAUUGGACAGCUGCAACAGCUGCACAGCCAACUGCAGCUGUCUAGGGGCCGAGAGGCAGAGCUGACAGAGAUAGUGGAGUCACUGCACCAAGAGAAGAAGGAGCUUCUGUACAACAUCUCUGUGCUGGAAGAGGACAACCAGAUGCUGAGAGAUGAAAUCCAGAGCCUCAGAGAUGACAGCGCAGAGCGCCGUGACUCCGUGGUACAGAUGUCUGUGCCGCCAGGGGUGCCAGAGGAGAACCAGGUGAUGAAGAGGAGCUCCCAAUUGGAGAAAGAGCUCCACCAAACUAAGGACAAACUCCAACAAAAGGAGAGAGAGUGUGAGGAGCUGGAGACAGAGCUAGAAGCUGUGGAGCAGGAGUGUCAGUCCAGCCAGGCCCGACUGACACAAUGCAGGGAUGAGCUUCGACAGCUCAGCCAUCGUCACAGCAGAAGGAACUUGUGUGGCUCCUGGAGGAAGGUGUGCCUGUUCCUUGUUCUACUCCUGGCUGUGGCAGCGGUCGCCAUGCUAUGGUUCUGGCACCCCCCAUUCAGAGAUCAGUUGGAAGACGUGUACUCGGACAUAGAGACACGCAUCGAAGGUUAUCUAAUGGAAAUGGCCUCUCCUCGGCACUCAGGGUGUUUCAGACCAAUAUGAAUAUGAACACUGCUCGGGGAUGUUAUUCUUCUGUAACCAAGUCUAGUUACACAUGUGAAAAUAAGAUUUCUUCAGGGUGUUGUUUAUUUAUUUAUUUGUAGCGUUAUAUUUUAAAACCACUAUGUGUAUUCCUUAAUAAUUUGGGAUUUUUUUAGAAACAUAGCUCAGUUGAAUGUAAGAGAUAUGACAUAACGCACUGACUUCCAUGCCGCGUACUGUACUGAAAAAAGUUCAAACACACAUGAGAACAUUCAGUAGCAAAAAGCAGCCGUUUAUUAUCAUUAUUAUUAUUAUUAUUAUUAUUAUUAUUA